GUCCAGCAAAAAACUUGCGAAGGAGAGCUGAACGACUCAAAACUCAAAUGGAUCCUUCAAUCUUCAAAGGAAAAUCGAAUACAUUUGGCUUAUCCUUUUUCUCGUUGCUUCAGGAUAAUGAUCCUAAGCAUAAAAGUAGUGUAACUGCUAACGUGAGUCUCGACCGUUAUGGAUUGCAGUCCUGCUCUGAACUCAUAGAAAAUUAUGGGCAAUUGACGUUGAGAUGCGGCAGUCACAAAAAUAUUGGGGAUUUGGAGAGUUUUAUGUCAAAAAUUUAA